UCACUUCCGGCGGGUGACGGUGCGGACGGGUCAGAGGCGUAGAGGCGGCGGCAAAAUGGCGGCGCCUGAGGAGCGGGAUCUCACCCAGGAGCAGACCGAGAAGCUGCUGCAGUUUCAGGACCUGACGGGCAUCGAGUCGAUGGAUCAGUGUCGCCAUACCUUGGAACAACAUAACUGGAACAUUGAGGCUGCUGUGCAGGACCGACUGAAUGAGCAGGAGGGCGUCCCGAGCGUGUUCAACCCCCCACCAGCUCGGCCACUGCAGGUCAACACGGCCGACCACAGGAUCUACAGCUACGUGGUCUCCAGACCGCAGCCGCGGGGACUGCUCGGCUGGGGCUACUAUUUGAUCAUGCUUCCAUUCCGGUUUACCUACUACACGAUACUUGACAUAUUUCGGUUCGCUCUGCGUUUUAUACGGCCAGACCCUCGCAGCCGGGUCACGGAUCCCGUUGGGGACAUUGUUUCCUUUAUGCACUCUUUCGAAGAGAAAUACGGCCGGGCACACCCUGUCUUCUACCAGGGCACCUACAGCCAGGCUCUCAACGACGCCAAGCGGGAGCUGCGCUUCCUCCUGGUCUACCUGCACGGGGACGACCACCAGGACUCGGACGAGUUCUGCCGAAACACGCUCUGCGCCCCCGAAGUCAUCUCCCUCAUCAACAGCAGGAUGCUCUUCUGGGCCUGCUCCACCAACAAGCCCGAGGGCUACCGGGUCUCCCAGGCCUUGCGAGAAAACACCUAUCCGUUCCUGGCCAUGAUCAUGCUGAAGGACCGGAGGAUGACCGUUGUGGGCCGGCUGGAGGGCCUCAUCCAGCCCGAUGACCUCACCAACCAGCUGACGUUCAUCAUGGACGCCAACCAGACGUACCUGGUGUCCGAGCGCCUGGAGAGGGAAGAGCGGAACCAGACCCAGGUGCUGCGGCAGCAGCAGGAUGAAGCCUACCUGGCGUCGCUGCGGGCCGACCAGGAGAAGGAGCGCAAGAAGCGGGAGGAACGAGAACGCAAGCGGCGGAAGGAGGAGGAGCUGCAGCAGCAGAAGCUGGCAGAGGAGCGGCGGCGGCGGGACUUGCAAGAGGAGAAGGAGCGGAAGUUGGAGUGCCUGCCCCCCGAGCCCUCCCCCGACGACCCCGAAAGCGUCAAGAUCAUUUUCAAAUUACCCAACGACUCGCGCGUGGAGAGACGGUUCCACUUCUCACAGUCUCUCACGGUCAUUCACGACUUCUUGUUUUCCUUGAAAGAAAGCCCCGAGAAGUUUCAGAUCGAAGCCAACUUCCCCCGCCGGGUGCUGCCCUGCACCCCCUCGGAGGAGUGGCCCAACCCCCCCACGCUGCAGGAGGCGGGACUCAGCCACACAGAAGUGCUCUUUGUUCAGGACCUCACAGACGAAUGACACUGUCUGCCUUGCCCCUCCAGCCCCUGUCCCUCCAAGAAACGGAAAACAUACACACACACACAACACACAAGCACCAAAAACUAAAAACAAAAAAAAGAAAGAGAAAUUCCUAUUAUUAUUAUUAUUAUAAUACGAUAUUUUUUUUAAAAGACUGCUGCAUUCUAAGGAAGGAUCGGAAACUGUCUGCCACAGCCACCACCUGCGUGUGCAAGAGGUGAGCCCUGAGCGCGCCUGCCUGCUCUUCCCUGCCGCUGAUGCACCUCGAACCUUCCAGAACCUUCCAGCACCUUUCGGCUGUUGUUCCGAACGGGAGGGGGCAUCCCACCGGCGCGUGUUCGUUGUGGCUUUUCUGGAAACGAGAAGCGAAGGAUUUCAGGGGUGACACCCCACCCCGGGACACACCCCUCCAGCUUCCACGGAGCCACGCGUGCGUGGGUCGGGCGGGGAGGAGACAGCAAGCGGAGCCCGGCCUCGAACUUCCGGCGCGAUUCAUGAAGAAUUUGCCUUUUUAUUUUAUUAUUUUUUUUUCUGGUUGCUUUGUAAAUGACCAAAGGAAUGAGGCUGA